UGCGUUGUUGACAUUGCAGGUGUUGUGCUGAUGGUUGCCUUUUCGAUUUCACGACGCCAAAACUGAUUGGCAAAUAUUUUGUGGAAUAUUUUAACGUCUUUCAGUGCAUAUUGUGGUCCUUUUUAUGCGUAAUUAUAGUGUAUAAAUGUGCAAUUUAUAAUGUGAGCCUUCAGUGUAGUUUGCAUUUCACUGCAUCAAAAAGACUAGACAGCAGUGCAUUGUCGCAUUGCAAAAACUCCACCCCCUUCGACCAGGAAUAUGGAGCAUAGCAAAAAAUCCCAAGAUUGGGUUCACAAAUUCAGCAUUACUGAAACGAGGAAACAUAAAGGCUACACCAUCUACAGGAUUACUUCCAUUGUUUUUCCUCGUUAUCUACCGGAAGCCCUAUCCAAUGUGACCCUUUGGAAGCGCUUUAGCGACAUCAAAAAACUGUACAAAGAUCUCGCCAGAAAGCAUCGCGAACGGCACUUGAUAGGUACCGUUCCUGUGCACUCAGAAAAGACCUAUUUCAAGCGGUUCGAUCUGCGAGUUAUUGACGAACGUAAACGCUACAUUUUGGAGUUGUUGGAAUUCGCCGGAGCGGAUCCGAUCCUGUAUCAAUCGUAUGCAUUUGUUAAGUUUUUCGAACGUGGUAUUUCGCCGGAGGGGUCGCCCCUGAAAGGCGGUAAUAUUGCGGCGAUAUGCGAAGAUUUGGCCAUACCGGUGCCCAAGGAGAUUGAACUGAUUGAUCCGAGCAGAGGUGGUAACGAUGGUAGUGGAGAGGAAAGUGAAGGAGGGCGGGAAGACGUCAAUAGCAGUGCCGGAGAGUCGGUGUCAACCAUGAAUGGUUCAAUGGGAAGCUCAAUGUUUUCGCAGGAGGAAUUUAGUAGGACGAAUGGCAAUUCUAUUGACGGUGAGAUAGACGAAAUAGAUGGAUCGAUGGAUUACAUCGUUGAAGCUGCGAUGGUUUUCAGCAGAGCUGUACAGGCGGAAGCCAAUGGGUACUACAAGGAGGCAUUUGAUAAGUACAAAGCAGGAAUCGAUAAAUUACUGAGUGGAGCUAAAAAUGACAGCAAUGUUACGAGAAAAAAGAUUGCCAAAGAAAAAACCUGCAAAUAUGUUACUCGAGCAGAAGAGAUCUACGAGAAGUAUCUCCUGUAUCAGGAGGAUGACCAAGGACUUCAGUUGAGUCCGAUUUCACUGGAUGAUCCCAGCUCACCGAUUCAAUUGUUGGAGAGACCCCUAAACUACCUUUCCCGUUACAAGGUAGUACGUGUCCUGGAAGGACGUGUUAUGCAAGUUCAGGAUGUCACUGACAAGAAGUUCUACAUUAUGAAAGGAAUACGAAAACCCCCCGGCUUUUGCCAUGCGAUGUUUUUCCCGAAUGACGUUCCGUACAUGGUGCCUCUAGUUGCGUACUUCCAGUCUGAGUUCAGUGUCUUCCUAUUACUUAAAUUAAUUUGUGGCGGGAAGCUGUGGGAUUUCAUCAAUAGUUAUAGAAAGAAGGACAAUUUUGCAUGGGGAAGUGAAGAAUCUUUAUCUGCUGUUGGAAACGAACCAAAUGAUGCUGAAACGGACAUGAAAUCUCAAGAACUUUCUAAAAAGCUCGACACGAAUCAUACUAUGGCGUAUGAUUCCGGAUUCGUUGAACUUGUUAACGAUUAUAAUAGUAAGGGCACAAAUGCUGUAGAUAAGACUGAACAAAAGGUGUUAGAUGAAGUGGAAGAAGCCCUAGAGGCUGACGAGGUAGACCAUCCACUAGAACCGGAAGAACGGGAGAACACCCAAGAGUACAUUCCAUCAUUCGAUGUUCUUUCCAAAGACAUGGACGUCGACGAUUUGGUUAGUUGCAGCCAGCAGCUGUUGAGAUCAGUGUCACAAACUUUGGAACAAACACAAAAGGACCCUGAUCCAAAAAAUAUUGACACAUUUAUAGAAAAACCUGAAAAAUCGCAUUCGGAAGCCCCAAAGAGGCCUCAGAUUGAUGCUAGUCAAUUAGAAUUAAAAGCUCCAGACGACGGUAUAGGGUUUGACCCUAUCCCGGAAGGAUGCAUUAAACAGUGGAUCAGCGAAUUGGUCAUAGCUGUGGACAAUCUACACUUUAAUGGAAUCGUUUGCGGAGAUCUUUCCAUGGACAACCUACUCCUGGGCUCCGAGGGUCAACUGUUGUUGACAUACUUUUAUCGGCGGGAAAUGUUCCCGAACAUCAGUGCCCUCACGACGGAAUUGCGUCAGGAAACGGUUCAACGCCUGUACGUUGCCCCCGAACGUCCUCUCCAAGCCAAAUCUGACUUUUGGUCCGUUGGGGUGUUACUGUUCGAGAUGCUGACGCGCAAGAGUUUCCUAUCCUGCCACCCGGCGGGCAUACUGUGCUACCACGACAUCCAAUACCCGGAAGGAGCGGAAAUUUCUGAUGACGCCAGGGAGCUGCUUGAAGGGCUUUUGCAACCCCUCCCGGAGAAUCGGUUCGACUUUAAGGAGAUAAUUGCCAAUGCAUUCUUCCACACGAUCGACUGGAGCGAGGUGAAACGACGGGGCCAGAUCUGAUCUGCUGCAAUCAUUUACGAUGACGAACGUACUAACUGUAAGACAGGCGGAAUCCAACCGACAGACUACUAUGGAACAAAGUAUAGUGCAUUAGUGUUUAGCAAAUAGUAACUUAUGAGAGUUUCGAAUGUUUUUGCGUUAUCGGAUGUAGAAUAAAAUGAAUGUUUACAAACAAA